UUGCUGAUAAAGCUGCCUACCUGAUGGGUCUGAACUCAGCAGAUCUGCUCAAAGCCCUCUGCUACCCUCGAGUCAAGGUUGGGAAUGAAUAUGUGACCAAGGGUCAAACCGUGCAGCAGGUGUACAAUUCAGUGGGUGCUCUGGCAAAGGCUGUCUUUGAGAAGAUGUUCUUGUGGAUGGUUGUUCGCAUCAACCAACAGCUGGUUACCAAGCAACCUAGACAGUACUUCAUUGGUGUCCUUGACAUUGCUGGCUUCGAGAUCUUUGAUUUCAACAGCCUGGAGCAGCUGUGCAUCAACUUCACCAAUGAGAAACUGCAACAGUUCUUCAACCACCACAUGUUCGUGCUUGAGCAGGAGGAGUACAAGAAGGAAGGAAUUGAAUGGACAUUCAUUGACUUUGGGAUGGACCUGGCUGCCUGCAUUGAGCUUAUUGAGAAGGUUCUUAAUAGUUUUCUGGAUCCCAUGGGCAUCUUCUCCAUCCUGGAAGAGGAGUGCAUGUUCCCCAAGGCAACUGACACCUCUUUCAAGAACAAGCUCUAUGACCAGCAUCUGGGCAAGUCCAGCAACUUCCAGAAGCCCAAACCUACUAAAGGGAAGGCUGAGGCCCACUUCUCCCUGGUGCACUACGCUGGCACAGUGGACUACAACAUCUCUGGCUGGCUUGAGAAGAACAAAGACCCCCUGAAUGAAACUGUUGUGGGGCUGUACCAGAAAUCAUCCUUGAAGACACUGGCCUUACUCUUUGCCUCUGUUGGUGGAGCAGAAGCAGAGAGUGGUGGUGGUGGCAAGAAGGGCGGCAAGAAGAAGGGUUCGUCUUUCCAGACUGUCUCGGCUCUUUUCCGGGAAAAUUUAAACAAGCUGAUGAGCAAUCUGCGAAGCACGCAUCCCCAUUUUGUGCGAUGUCUUAUUCCUAAUGAAACAAAAACUCCUGGUGCCAUGGAACAUGAGCUGGUGCUGCAUCAGCUGCGGUGUAACGGUGUGCUGGAAGGAAUUAGAAUUUGCAGGAAAGGAUUCCCCAGCAGAAUACUCUAUGCAGACUUUAAACAGAGGUACAAGGUGCUUAAUGCAAGUGCCAUCCCAGAGGGACAGUUCAUUGACAGCAAGAAGGCUUCUGAGAAACUCCUUGGAUCCAUCGAUGUGGACCACACCCAGUACAAAUUUGGUCACACCAAGGUGUUCUUCAAAGCUGGGCUGCUGGGGCUCCUGGAGGAGAUGAGGGAUGAGAAGCUGGCACAGCUCAUCACCCGCACACAAGCCAUGUGCAGGGGUUACCUAAUGAGAGUGGAGUUCAAGAAAAUGAUGGAGAGGAGGGAGUCAAUCUUCUGCAUCCAGUACAAUGUUCGGUCCUUCAUGAAUGUCAAGCACUGGCCCUGGAUGAAGCUGUUCUUCAAAAUAAAGCCCUUGCUGAAGAGUGCAGAAUCUGAGAAAGAAAUGGCCAAUAUGAAGGAAGAGUUUGAGAAAACCAAGGAAGAGCUUGCAAAGUCUGAGGCAAAGAGGAAGGAGCUGGAGGAGAAAAUGGUUUCUUUGCUGCAGGAAAAAAAUGAUCUGCAGCUCCAAGUGCAGGCCGAAGCUGAUGGUUUGGCUGAUGCUGAGGAAAGAUGUGACCAGCUCAUCAAAACCAAAAUCCAGCUGGAAGCCAAAAUUAAGGAGCUGACAGAGAGAGCAGAAGAUGAAGAAGAGAUGAAUGCUGAGCUGACAGCCAAGAAGAGGAAACUGGAGGAUGAAUGUUCAGAGCUGAAGAAAGAUAUUGAUGACCUUGAGUUAACGCUGGCCAAGGUUGAGAAGGAAAAACAUGCCACAGAAAACAAGGUGAAAAACCUGACAGAGGAGAUGGCAGCCCUGGACGAGACAAUUGCCAAGCUGACAAAAGAGAAGAAAGCCCUCCAAGAGGCCCAUCAGCAGACCCUGGAUGACCUGCAGGCAGAAGAGGACAAAGUCAAUACGCUGACCAAAGCUAAGACCAAGCUGGAGCAGCAAGUGGAUGAUCUGGAAGGGUCCCUGGAGCAGGAGAAGAAACUGCGCAUGGACCUUGAGAGAGCUAAGAGGAAACUUGAAGGAGACCUGAAGAUGAACCAGGAAUCCAUAAUGGAUUUGGAAAAUGACAAGCAGCAG